CGAUGGUCACAUUGCCAUGCCGGCAAGAGGCAAAAAGUUGAUAAUUCGAGGAAAAACUAAAACUCUCGAAGGAUAUGGAGCUGGAACUGGACGUGCUGGAUUCCCUGCAGGCAUUGUCCUACCAAGGACCCUGCCUGCAGCAGGAGAAUCUGAGUCGCGCCCUGGACGCGGGUAUCGGAAGUCCGGACUUGCGGGCGGUGAUCCAUUGGCUCGCCCACGAAUUGCACAUAUUGCGGAAAACCGAUGAGCGCGUGAGUUCCAGCAAAGCGGAUAACGAUGAGUUCGCCUUCGAGCUGUCCCUGCUGCUCACGGAGUUGGGCUGCCCGUACCGACGGCUGGUGCAGGGAGCCAUAGAGCAGCGCUUCCAGGAACGGCAGGCACUGCUGCAGCUGCUGGAGUACCUCACAUCCGAACUGAUGACCACCAAGAUGGUUCUGAAGUCGCAGCCCGUGGGUCCGGCCUGCAAACGCUCGAAAGCGGACUCAAAUGUCCAACAGGCGGUCGAAAGUCUAGCUAAGGAUUUGCAGCUAGGCGAACUGCCCAAGAACAUCAAUACCAAGCUGCUUUUCGAGAAGAUAACACCCCGUUUGGAGCAGGCCAUUAAGCAAACUAAUCCCCAAGUGCUCAGCGAUCCGCUGUUGAAGCUAAAGAAGCCCUUGACUGAUGCACAGUGGCGAGUUCUGGAGUCCCUGCAUCGAGAACUGGAGGCGGAGUACAAUCUACGCCGGCAGAUGAUGACCACGCGCCUGGAGGCCACUGUACAAAGCUUUCAGUGGUCGGAGUCCAUGCGUCAGCGCUCCAAUGAGAUCAUGGACCGCUUCAAUCGCAAGAUGAGGGAGCUGGAGCAGUUUAGAGUGGGCGGAGAGCAAACCGACAUGGUGGCCCUGUUGGCAGCUCGCUCCGAUCUGGCCAUCAUCGAGAAGACGAGCUCAGCGAAUGUGAGAAAGAACACGGCAUCCAAAAUACAAAAGCAUGUGAUUGGUCAGGUACCCGAUCGCGGCGGCAGAGCCAAUGAGCAUGCUCCGCCGCCACCAGAGAUGCCCUCGUGGCAGCAGCAAAGGGCUAGUGGUCCUCCAGGUGGCGGACGUGGCGGAGGAGGUAAUUUUAGAGGAGGCAGGGGAGGAGGCGGUGGCGGUGGAGGCAGGGGUGGCGGUGGAGGAGGAGGAGGUGGCAACUGGCAGCAACCUCAGCAGCAGCAGCAAUAUCAAAACCAAAAUUACCAACAACGUGACCGCAGCCGCGAAAGAAAUGACCAGCAAUGGAUCGAAGGUAGUGGGCGUGUGCAGGGCACAGGCUGGAAUCCGCAGGGCGGACGUGAUGGAGGAGGACGAGGCAGAGGAGGAGGCCGUGGAGGAUACCGUGGCGGGCACCGAUGAUUCCUGACUGCAAAAAGACGCAACUUAGACCUUAAACGACUGAUCCUCUUGUAAUCUACUAACAUUACUCAUCGUUGCUGCACGCAUAACCCAGUUUAACUUAUUGCGAAAUCUAAUGAAUUUGUUUAUAAUUGCAAAUGGACAGCUAUUUAUAAAAUAAACUAUAUAUGUCAUCUAUUUGCCAGCAAA